AUGCUAUCAUUAUAUCGAUCAAAUAAUAACGACAAUGAUUCAACUAUUAUUGAUGUAUUAUAUCAUUUAUGUAAAGAAAAUGAAAUAGAAAAAGUUCGAAAUCGUUUACAAUUUAUUCAUAAUAAGGAUAUCAUAAAUAAAAUUCAUGCAUCAACCGGUUCAACAUGUUUGCAUGUUGCAUGUUAUUAUGGACAUCGAGAAAUAGUAUAUAUGUUAUUAGAAUAUGGAGCUUUACGUUCAAUAAGAAAUUCAACAUAUGAUUUAACAGCUUAUGAAGAAGCUGAUACAGAUGAUAUAAAACAAUUAUUUUUAGAAAAAAAAUUAUUUUCUAGUGAUGAUUAUGAUUACAUUGAAUGGUCAAUGGUAGGUGAUAAUCUCCUUGAUAAACAACGUGAAUUUCGUCAAAAAAUUGAUUUAUACAAAACCUAUGACAAUCAUCAUUUAAUAUCAAAAUUGUUAGUUGAAGUUAUCCAUUAUUAUUUAAAUGAAUAUCUAAUAAAUAAAUAUAAUAAUAUUGAAAAUUUGGAACAUCAAACUAUUCGUAAACAAAUUAAAAUAAUUCAAGAAUGUUUUCAAGAAGCUAUAGAAAAACAAGAUUAUUUAACAUAUUUUAUAAAAGCUUACACAUUAGCAACAUGCUUUUUUAAAGAAUUAAAUAAACAUCUAGCUCUUUAUGUAUUAGAAUAUUUUGAUAGAACAAAGUAUUUUUCGCCAAAUUAUCGUUUAGUUAAUUGCCUUAUUCAUAUUGUAACACUCUUAAUUCAUCAUCCAAAUUUAUCUCAAUAUCGAUUUCAAGGUGCAUGUUAUCGUGGUAUGAGAAUAACACAACAUGAUUUAAAACAAUAUAAAUUAGAUCAACAUAUAUUAAAUCGUUCAUUUUUAUCAGCAACCAUUGAUCAUCCAGUAGCUGAAAUGUUUGCUGGUGAAGGUGAACAAUCUAAAAUGAGAUAUACUUCUAAAGAUCAUCGUUCUUUACAAUAUUCAUGUUUAUGUAAAUAUUUAAUAAAACAAAAUUCAACAGCUAUUAAUAUCGAAAGUUUAUCGACGAACCCAUAUGAACGAGAAAUUUUAAUUCUUCCAUUUAGUGUUUUUAAAGUAGUGAAUAUUAAACGAAAUUAUCUUGAUGAUCCAAAAGCAUCAAUUUCAAUUGAAAUUGAAUUAGAAGAAUGUGAAGAUUCAAAUAAUAAUAAUAAUAAUAAUGAAUCAGAAAAUAUUGAAGAAUUGAGAACAAGUUCAUUUGUAUCAUCUUGUGAUGAUAUAAGAGACAUCAGAGAAUAUUCAAAACUUCGACGACGGAAAUAUCUUCUUUAUAGUAUCAUUGGAUUUUUACUAUUAGUUUUCUUUUCCGGUUUAAUUUUCAUAUUCAUUUUUACUUUCGUUAUUAAGAAAAAUACCAAUACUGACACCACAAUGUCAACAAAAGAAAAUGAUAUUGAUGUCGACGAUUCAUUACCACUAGGUUGUCCCAAUAUAUUAAAUCGAUCGAGCUGGAAUGCACGUCCGUCUAUAGGUCAUGAUAAUUUACAAACAUUCCCAGUUACACAUAUUGUACUAAGACCAAUAGAAGGUUCUCAUUCACCUAUGAAUCAACAAGAUUGUAUUAAACAAAUACAAGGAUUUCAAGAUCAUCACAUGGAUACAUUACGCUGGUCUGAUAUUGCUUAUAAUUUUAUCAUAUGCAAUGAUAAUCAUGAUCAACAAGAAAUUUAUCAAGGUAGAGGAUGGAAAUAUAUUGGUGCACAUUGUAAAGGUUACAAUAACAGAUCAUUAGGUAAGAAAACUUCCUUUUUUUGACUUCCUGGAACAACAGAUCUUAGGAUUUUGUCAAUUUGAUCUUGAGCUCGUCAUAGUCUUUAUUAGAAGUAAUUAAAAUCUUAGAUGAAUUUCAAUGUGUAUGGUUAUAUAAGAAUUUUAUUGCUUUUCAAGUUAGCAUUUCGAGAUUUUAAAUCAUGUUGUUUUGUUUUCUUAUAGGCAUUGGUAUUGUGGGCAAUUAUACCAGUGUUAAGUCAAUGAACAUAUUUAAAUCAUUAAUUCAAUGUGGUAUUAUAAAGAAUGCUAUUAUAAAAAAUUUUACUUUAGUUGGAGAUUCAGAAUUAAAAAAUAUUUACGAAUAUUAUUUGAACUAUUUUGAGAACGAUACCGAUUUUCAAUAUAGCAAUAAAGCUAGCAAUAAAUGGGUUUUUUGUUGAUAGUUUAGCAGUAUCUAAUUUUUGUCAAUUGCAAAAGUCUACUUUUUUUUUGCAGUGCAACAUUGUAAGAAAUUUGUUAAUAAACGCAUAAAAAUGUUAAUGAAGUACAUUCGAAAACGCUUAUGAAUAUAUCAUCGUUUUACCAACUUUUACAUUCGAUUUGCAAUGCGUUUCGUUUCUUUGACGAAAGACGCAAUCUCCUUAAUAUUAUGAAUUAAUCCUCAAGAUGAUCAUGUACUCAUUUGCGUUACCUCCAAGGUCUGAUUUUGUGUUAAAGAAUGUAACUUUUUGUUCUUAUAGCAUCUUAACAAAGAAAAACAAGCGAUUAAGUGUUGUAUAUACGAUCGCAGUGCUUAUAUUAUAUUCUUUUUCAAAAUCGUGCAAAUAAUGACAAAAUUAAAAAAAAAACUUUUUGAUUUUGUCAAAACAUCGGCGCUUGAGUAAACUAACUCAUUUGCUAAGUUCUUUGAAGAGUUCAACGAAAUGUGCUAUACUAACAUCAACCACAUAUUCAUUUAAUUUUAUAUAAACGAUCGAUACUUUCAAAACUCCGAAGCGACAAUGGUAUGAGAGUGGUUUGAGCAACUUCUGGAAGAGAAUUUAGAACAGUGCUUCAAUGUAUGCUUUUAUCCAUGUGUUCGCAUAAAUAGUAUACUAUUCUGACUUUAGCUUCUAAACAGAAAUAUGGCGGAUGAACGUGAAAGUAGAGACGAUUCAAUGUGACCAGGCAAGCAUGGUAUUAGUGGCGGAGCCAGGGUGGGGCUGGGGGGGGGGGGGGCUCAGCCCCUCCCAGGAAAACUUUUAAACCAUGUAUUUUAUUUGCUAACCGGGGCUCAAAGAUCCCUCAGAUGGGGUUGAGCCCCUCCCAGCUCAAAAUCCUGGCUCCGCCACUACAUGGUAUAUGGUCGUUCUGUUUCACUGAUUAACUAUCGUUGCAUUAAGUUAUCUGGCAGAGAGUCACGAUCUCGAACUCAGAAAUAAUCAACAGCAAUUGUUGGGUCGCAAUUGAAAUAAUGCGAUUAUUUAAUAUGUUCAACAUUUCAUAAACAUAACUACAAUAAUUGUUUCUUCAACUGUCUACUAUUUUACUUAGCAGAUCACCAUCAGAAAGUAUGAAAUUUUCAUCAUGAAUUUUUUUCUUCAGUUGAUAGAUGAUUGAAUUAUUAAUUGAUUAAGAACUGAGCAGUCAAAUCGUGAAACUUGAUCUUUUCUCACUGAGUUUCUCUACAAAGUGUCUAAAAAAAGAGCGAAUUUUACUCGGCGUAACAAUUGAUUUCUGAAGGCAAACUUAACCAUUCCAGAAUGUUUUGCUGUUGACAGUCUUAAGCAAUUUAAAUCAUUUUUAUGUGUCUUUUGUUAGGCAAAAUGCAUCGUAGCCUACAUAAAGACAAAAAACCGUUCUGUCUACAAUACAAGUAUCUUCUCUCUCUCUCUCUCUCUUUUAAAUAUUUCUAGACAAAGAUCAACUAUGGUUUAUAGUAUCCAAUAGAAUGGACUUAGAACUAUACAGAUGCAUCAUUUUGGAUUUUUAUAUAAUUACUCAUUAGCCUAUUUUUUACGAAUCGUUGUGUAUAGCAGUAAACGCAAGUGACAUCAUCAUGGACGGUUUUAAUUCGAAUUACUAACACAUACAACUAAAGAAUCUUACAUAUUUAGUAGUAGAGAGACGCUAACGUCUGAAAAUAUUUUUAUUUUGAAAACAAUGAUAUGGCACUUCACGUUCACAUACAAAUCUUGACAAGGCCUUUCAAGAGAUCA